AUGGCGCCGGUUGGUCUCCCCCCAGGCUUUAGGUUUCAUCCAACUGAUGAGGAGCUUGUGAACUAUUACCUCAAGAGGAAGGUCCAUGGCCAGAGCAUCGAACUCGACAUCAUCCCAGAGGUAGACCUCUACAAGUGUGAGCCUUGGGAGCUAGCAGAGAAAUCGUUCCUGCCCAGUAGAGACCCUGAGUGGUACUUCUUUGGGCCAAGGGAUAGGAAGUAUCCAAAUGGAUGCCGGACGAACCGAGCAACUCGAGCAGGAUACUGGAAAUCGACCGGCAAAGAUCGAUCCAUCAACUACCAGAAGAGGUCAAUCGGUAUGAAGAAGACAUUAGUCUUCUACCAAGGCCGAGCUCCUCAGGGGAUCAGGAGCAACUGGGUCAUGCAUGAGUACCGCAUCGAGGAAAGCGAAUGCAACAACACCAUGGGGGUUCAGGUUACUCCUUCAUCCUCCUCUCCUCACUUUCAGUAUCAGUUAAAUCAUUGUGUUUCUGCUGCAUUUAGUGAGCUCAGGAUGCAGUUCAUGGACUCCUAUGCGCUAUGUCGGGUUUUCAAGAAAAAUGUGCCGGCUGGUGAAUUUGAAAAACAAGGGGAAUGCAGCUCAUCACAGGCUAAAGGAAAUCAAGAACAGGUUACAGACUUUGAGGAUGCUGGAGAGUCCUCAACUGCAAACGAGAAUGACAAAGACAAUUCUUGGAUGCAGUUCAUAGUGGAAGACCUGUGGUGCAGCAACAAAACCAAGUAA